AUAAGUAGCGCGUAACCAGCCCGUUUUGUGGUAGUCGGAAAUUACUUCUUUCAGUCUCUGUUGCAUUUUUCGCGCAAAAAUGCCGGAUCCAGCAAAAUCCGCUCCUGCUCCCAAGAAGGGCUCCAAAAAGGCUGUUACGAAAGUGCAGAAGAAGGACGGCAAGAAGCGCAAGCGCAGCCGCAAGGAGAGCUACUCCGUUUACGUGUACAAGGUGCUGAAGCAGGUCCACCCCGACACCGGCAUCUCGUCCAAGGCCAUGGGCAUCAUGAACUCCUUCGUCAACGACAUCUUCGAGCGCAUCGCAGGAGAAGCGUCCCGCCUGGCGCACUACAACAAGCGCUCCACCAUCACGUCCCGCGAGAUCCAGACGGCCGUGCGCCUGCUGCUGCCUGGCGAGCUGGCCAAGCACGCCGUGUCCGAGGGCACCAAGGCGGUCACCAAGUACACCAGCUCGAACAUUUUCUAGCUGAAGUUACUGUUCUUGCCAACUACUCAGCAUCCAACAUUUUUGCAAGAAAACAAGAUUUUUUCUCUUCAAAUUACAAUCCAAAGAGUGGCAAACAAGGAAGAUGACAGAGUCUGAAGACCUUCAGAUUUCUUUGGUCAAGAACUCGUUACACAAUGGAUGACACAUUUUAGGUGGUCCUACUAAAAAAAGACACAAGAAUCUAGAGAGUAUCUCACUGUCAACCAGUCCAAGGAACUUUGCUUUAGAUGGCCAAAGCCAAAAACAGCAAAGUAGAAGAACUACUAGAGCUUUAAGCAGUUCCUUAGUAUUUUUCCUUGGCUUAUCCAAGCCUGGAUACUGGUCCACUUUCCCAAAGAUGGUAAAGAGGUAAUACAGCUUGGGAUUGGUUGGAUACUGAGAGACAGAGAGAGAGAGAGAGAGAGAGAGAGAGAGAGAUCAAUCUAGGUACUGGGCAGCACUCGGCACUCAGAAGAAGCAACACUUGGAGCAAAAAAUGAAGGAUACAGAUUAGUGACGUGAAGUCAGGAGCAAAUGAUCUCAGUUGCUUUACAUGAUCAAAGGGCAAUAACUGCAAAUUACCAGAGGGUAGGUGGAGAUCCAUACCACUUUUUAAUAUUAGUGUUUUUAACACCUAGGAAUAGAAUAUAUCUAAAGAUAAAGGCUUGAUUUCCUCACACCUGCCUUCUCAAUGAUGUUUUGAUUUUGCAAAAGUCUUGGUUUCUAGUUUGUGGGAUUAACAUUUUUCAAUGCAUUGAAGGAAAAUUCUUUAGGCCAGGAGGGAGUCUAAAACAGACUUCAGCCACAGCACAGAUACAACCCUAGGCAAGGGUCAUUCAGUGUUCUUAAGAAAAUUCUAAAUUCUAGGAUGUGAUGGUUAAUAUUAGGUAUAAAUUUGAUAGGAUUAAAGGAUGCCUAGAUAGCUAAGUAUUGUUUCUGGGUGUGUCUGAGAGGGUGUUGCCAGAGGAGAUUAACAUUCGAGUCAGUGGACUGGGAGAAGAAGACUCACCCUCAAUGUGGGUUGGGACCAUCCAGUUGGCUGCCAGGGUGGCUAGAACAAAGCAGGAGAAAGAAGUGGGCUAAGCUGGCUUGCAGAGUCUUCUGGCUUUCAUUUCUCUCCUGUGCUGGAUGCCUCCAUCCAUUCCUCCUGCCUUUGGACAUGAGACUCCAGGUUCUUUGGACUCUUGGACUUAACACCAGUGGCUGGCCUGAGGCUUUUGGGCUUUCAGCCACAGACUGAAGUCUGCACUGUGGGCUUCCCCACUCUUGAGGCUUUUGGACUCAGACUGAGCCACUACUGGCUUCUUCCUCAGCUUGCAGACGGCCCACUGUGGGACUUUGCCUUGUAAUCAUGUGAGCCAAUUCUCCUUAAUAAACUCCCUUUAAUGUAUCUAUAUCUAAUCUAUUAUCAUCUAUAGAUAUAGGUGUAUGUCUCCCCUAUUAGUUUUAUCCCUCUGGAGAACUCUGAUUAAUACAAAGGGUUAAGUCUUAAACUACUUAUAAUUUCUCUCUGGAACUAUAUUUCAUCUAGUUUGGAAUGUUUAGUUACUUAAGACCCAUAUUAUAUAUGUAGAAUAAUGAGCAGGAGAAAGGUAUGCUGAUUAACUUACAUGUAUAUAUCAGCCAUAGGAUUAGUUCCAGCAAAGGAACAUACUUGCUUUUUUUGGUUUCUUCAAUCUUCUCCCUGUCGCAUUAUGAAAAUUUGAUGAUUUUGCUUAUUUAAGUGUCUUUGUAGGAGAUUUUUCCUGGAUCUUUUUAAGUGUUUGACCUCUGAUUUUCAUAAUUUUUUCACAUUAGUAUCAAGGAAUUAGGUAAUGGAAAUUAUUCUUAACUCCCACCUGCCCCCCUGAAAGAGCAAGCAUCUAUAGAGAAGAAGACAGCUUUCGGAUUAGCUGGAGAGUUAACCAAGUAAAACUUGAAUUCUCAUCCUUAGCCUGGAGAAAAAAAGUAAGAAAAUUU